GGAUAUAUCUGGAAAAAAAAUAUAUACAGAACUUCAUGUUUUCUAAAUCGUUAAUGCAUUUUGAAACAAAUUCAGUCGGCUAAAGACGACAAAUAAUUGGAACCAGAAGGAGGUAGUAGCAACUUAAAUUGAGUUGACUACCCUCUAUAAAUAGACCUCUUCCCUCUAUUCACCCCUCAUUACAAGUCAGAAGAGGGUGUCUAUAAGCAAAGACAUAUUUAGAGUUUAUAGAAGAGAUAAAUGGCAAAGGGAAAGAGGCUAUCAAAGACACUCUUUGGGUCUCUGUUAAUGCUUUUGAUACUGUGUGAGAUGAUCACUUUGCCCAUUUUAGGGUGCCCAACAGAUGGUGAUGGAUGUAGAAAUUGCAUAGUAAAUCAUAUGAAAAACGACUGUCCAAAAUGCGCGCCUAUUAUGCGCUGCAUGGCCAAGUGCUUGUGGGGUGGAAAGUCGCGUUCCAAAUGCACAAAGAAGUGUGAUUGCAAAGGUACUUACCCCAGGCUUUCUGAUUGCAAGAACUGCUUGAAAACAUGCAAAUGUAGUUGCAGCUCUGUGUAAAACAUCUUCUUGUUUUGCAUAUAGGUUCAAUGUUUUAUCAGUAUAGAGACUACAUCAUGAGAAAAGAAAAGGUUAUUUUUGGGUGGGGGGACUAGUCUGUCAUGUUAUUAUAUUCACUUGAAAGAAAUAUCAACUGCUAAAAUGAUGUAGAAAAUUGAUGAUGGAUCGAUGUAUAGCUUGAGAAGCUACUGUAUCAGUAAUAAGAACGUAUUAUUUCGUUGAGAUGAUGAACUGCACACAUGCUUUUGCUAGGGUACUACGUACAACCGUCACACACACACACACACAGGCUAAAUCAUUAAUUAACUUGAUGGGUUCAUCAACUUUUAAGGUUCUUACCACUCAACAGGUUCAUACUUCUUCAU